AUGGCUGAGAUUCGUCGUAAACUUGUCAUUGUUGGUGAUGGUGCCUGUGGUAAAACUUGUCUCUUGAUUGUCUUUUCCAAGGGUACCUUCCCUGAGGUCUACGUCCCAACCGUCUUCGAGAACUAUGUGGCCGACGUUGAGGUCGAUGGAAAGCAUGUCGAGCUCGCACUUUGGGAUACGGCUGGCCAGGAAGAUUACGAUCGACUCAGACCUCUUUCCUACCCUGAUUCACAUGUUAUUCUGAUCUGUUUCGCUAUCGAUUCCCCCGACUCUCUCGACAACGUCCAGGAGAAGUGGAUUUCUGAAGUCCUUCAUUUCUGCCAGGGUCAUCCCAUUAUCCUCGUUGGCUGCAAGAAAGAUCUUCGUGACGACCCCAGAACGAUUGAGGAGCUGCGCAAGACGUCUCAGAAGCCCGUGACCACCGAACAGGGUGAGGAGGUCCGCAAGAAGAUUGGCGCUUACAAGUAUCUGGAAUGCUCCGCCCGAACAAACGACGGAGUUCGUGAGGUGUUCGAGUCAGCUACUCGAGCUGCACUGCUGGCGAAGAAGGAGAAAAAGAAAUGCAAGAUCUUGUAA